AUGGAGGUGGAGGAGGAGGAAAGACGCUCUCCACACGAUCGUGGGGGAGCGUGUGUUCCCGAGAGCUUCUUUGAUCGCGUAACGCAAGGGUUACGCGGCGAUCUCGUACAUGAGCGGGACAGGCGUCUCCAACUGGCGGACGCUGUCUCAAAGCAUCGAGCUGAGUUUGCCUUUGCUCAGCUUGAGAACGAGAGAUCUCUGACAUCUCUGCGUGACGAGCUAAGGGUAGCUCGUUGGGAUGUUGAGCGGUCUCGGGCUGAGAUAACUGCUCUUCAGACCCUUGUCGAUGCCCACCGUCGGGAGCACAAGGCUCUCUGCGAGAUGCUUGAGCGCAAGGGCGUUCUUCAUCGGAAGAAGCAGCGUACUGAUGGUACGGCUUAA